AGAAAAUGGGCUAUGCUCUCAAUUGGUCAAGAUGUUGAUGUUUCUAUAUACAAUCUUGAUCAGAACACUCAACUGAUUGCUACCAUUGUUUUGGAGGCUGACUUUCUUCAGAAGAAGAGUGCAAGUAGUGAAGCUUAUGAUUCAGAUAAGAUGGCCCAGGAAUUCUGUAAUCAGUUUGUCAGGAGGGCUUUCAGCGUAGACCAACAGAUGGUAUUCAAAAUGCCUGAGAAGAAAUUACUGAGCUUGUUGGUGAAAGAAAUCAGUGGAGCUGACCCUUCCAUAUUAAGAGGUCAUAGUGGGUCAGGUAAAUCAGCAACACUCACAAUUGGUGAAUUGCUGAGCAACAGUCAGAUUAUAUUUGAAAAAGCAGAAAACUCGGCGCUUAAUUUAACUGGAAAGUCAAAAGUGAAAUCAGGAGCCCAAUCCAUCAUCAACCCUGAUUGGGAUUUUAAACAAAUGGGUAUUGGUGGUCUGGAUAAGGAAUUCUCCAAUAUUUUUAGGAGAGCCUUUGCGUCUCGUGUUUUCCCUCCGGAGUUUGUGGAGCAGAUUGGUGCCAAGCAUGUGAGAGGAAUACUACUAUAUGGACCACCAGGUACUGGUAAAACGUUGAUGGCUAGGACCAUUGGUAAAAUGUUAAAUGCCCGUGAACCACAAAUUGUCAAUGGACCUGAGGUUCUCAAUAAAUUUGUUGGUGAAUCAGAGGCAAAUAUUAGAAAGCUAUUUCAGGCAGCUGAAGAGGAACAAAAGAGGUGUGGUAUAAACAGUGGUCUUCAUAUUAUCAUAUUAGAUGAGAUUGAUGCCAUUUGCAAGCAGAGAGGCAGUAUGUCUGGCAGUACCGGUGUACAUGAUACUGUGGUUAACCAACUCCUCUCAAAAAUUGAUGGUGUAGAACAACUGGACAAUAUCUUACUUAUUGGAAUGACAAAUAGAAGGGAUCUAAUAGAUGAUGCAUUACUGCGACCUGGACGACUUGAAGUACAGAUGGAAAUCAGUUUGCCAGAUGAGGAGGGCAGGACUCAAAUAUUUGAGAUUUAUGUGAACAAGAUGCGAGAUAACAACAAAAUGGCUAAAGAUGUUGAUAUAAAGGAACUUGCUAUUGUAACAAAAAACUACAGUGGUGCAGAAAUUGCUGGACUGGUCAGAGCUGCACAAUCAUUGGCCAUGAAUAGGGUUAUUAAG